GUUGUGUUUAGUCUGUUGCACUAUGCAGAUUUCGUUCAUCUUGUGUGUUCUCAUCGGCACAUUCCUGCACCCAGCACCGGCUGAGGUGGUGGGGAAUUUCUGGGAUUCACCAGACUGCCUGAAGUUCUUCUAUAAGAAUAAAGUUCCAGAGUUGGGAUCUACACAGGCAGAUGUUGUGUUUUUAUGUCAGCGCUUUUUGAACACGUAUCACUUUUCCACGCUGUACAACACAUACUACCACAUUGCUGUCUAUUCUGCGUACAUAUUUGAGCCGAGCAAUGGAGGAGGAAGAGAUAAGAACUGGUAUCUCGAACCACAGUUGAUCAACAACACAUGGUCGGGUGAAAUGACAGAUGGGUAUAAGCUAUGGAGGGAGAAUCCUGGCAUCUACCUGGGAGAGAGACAGGCUCUGGAUGAGGACUACACAAACUCUGGUUUUGACCGUGGACACCUAAACCCUAAUGGACAUCAUGCAGUUCCAGGUCGUAAUUCCACCUUUACACUGACCAACGUGGUGCCCCAAAACCCCAAACUGAACCAGAAUGCUUGGCGUCUACACGAGUCAAAAAUGACCAACAUGUUUAAAGCAGACUGUUAUCAGGCCUAUGUGCUGGUUGGUGCCAUCCCUUCUUUAAACAACUGGAUCAUAAAGAACAAUGUCAAGAGGGUGAACAUCCCAGAGUACAUCUGGAACGCCUACUGCUGCGUAGAUCAAAAUGGCCGCCCCGUCUAUAGUGGGGCAGCUACUGCAGUCAACAACGAGCUGAAUGUUGUUGUGGAACAUACUUUAGAUGAGAUGGUCGAUUUUCUCCAGCAGUACUCCGAUACACCAGUGGGAGAGCUGUUCAGUGACCAAUGCAAGCCCUGACAAUGAAAUCUGUUGAGCAUUCGAAAGACGUAGUUCUGUGUUUUAAGAUUAUAACAGAAACAUAUGCUGAAUGUGGUUAAAUUGAAAGUCAUUUUAUUGAGUAGCAUCGCAAAACUAAGACAAAUUCAUGUUUAUUAUAUAUGUUAUGUUAUUACUGACAUGAUUAAAUAUAAACCUUACAUGUUUCUGGAAAAUAUGAAUUAAAAAAGUAAACAGGACAA